GCAAGCGGGGCUGCUCAGUAACCGGGCUGGCAGUCAUUACUGAAGCAGAGCUGCAUGCUUCCUUUGAAAUGUCUUGUGCUAGGGAGACCUUGGAGAUCAAGUUAAACAUAUGCCAGUUUUCCUGCCUGUGAGCUUCAUUUAGGAAGAAACCCUGGAAGCAGAGUCUGUUGGAUACAUUUAGAUGGCUGCAAAGGGAGAGGAUGAGAGAUUCUGUUUUCUGAAAGGAGGAGAAGGAACAAAGCCCAAAUUGUAAAAAGGAGACAAUCUAUAUUACUGAAACUCCAGCACAAGGACAUUUGCUUGAGAGACUGAGGCUUGUCUCUGUAGGACGGCUUCCAGGAAUCUGCAAGUUUGAUGUAUGUGUUUACUGAGAGGCUCUGACAAAGGCUCACUGCUCAGUCCACACAGAAACAGCUUGCAGUGGCACAGAGAGAGGAGUCUGAGUGGGAUGUUUCAUUGCAUCACAGUACUGCAUAUGCACCGAGCACAGCUUUCUGAAAACUAACUCCACUGUUGGGAAGCAGGUAUGGAUUAGUUUACUGCUUCUCAUUUUGAAGGAAGAUCUGCCUUCACUGUAAGUGCUCGCGGGAGGAGCAUGUUGUUGCAGUCAUGCCUUUAGAAAUGGAGAAGACUGUGAGCAAACUCAUGUACGACUUCCAGAGAAACUCCACAUCCGACGACGACUCCGGCUGUGCCCUGGAGGAAUAUGCUUGGGUCCCCCCCGGAUUAAAACCAGAACAGGUGCACCAUUAUUACAGCUGCCUUCCUGAGGACAGGGUUCCCUAUGUUAACAGCCCUGGUGAGAAGUACAGAAUCAAACAGCUUCUUCAUCAGUUGCCUCCACACGACAAUGAGGUGCGGUAUUGCAACUCUUUGGAUGAUGAAGAGAAAAGGGAGCUGAAACUGUUCAGCAACCAGAGGAAAAGGGAGAACUUAGGACGAGGCAAUGUGAGACCUUUUCCUGUGACGAUGACUGGUGCAAUCUGUGAGCAGUGUGGUGGGCAAAUUAAUGGAGGUGACAUGGCCAUCUUCGCAUCACGAGCUGGGCAUGGAGUUUGCUGGCACCCUCACUGUUUUGUAUGCAGCAUAUGUGACGAGCUCUUGGUAGAUCUCAUUUAUUUCUAUCAAGACGGGAAGAUAUACUGUGGCAGGCACCAUGCUGAGCGCCUCAAGCCCAGAUGUGCAGCCUGCGAUGAGAUCAUUUUUGCAGAUGAGUGCACAGAAGCAGAAGGAAGACACUGGCACAUGAAACACUUCUGUUGCUUUGAAUGCGAAACUGUUCUGGGCGGCCAGCGGUACAUAAUGAAAGAGGGAAGGCCCUACUGCUGUAGCUGCUUUGAGUCUCUCUAUGCAGAGUACUGUGAUUCAUGUGGUGAACACAUAGGCAUUGAUCAAGGCCAGAUGACGUAUGAUGGUCAGCACUGGCAUGCUACAGAGACCUGUUUCUGCUGCGCACGCUGUAAGAAGUCCCUGUUAGGCCGCCCAUUCCUGCCUAAGCAAGGUCAGAUCUUUUGCUCCCGGUCCUGCAGCGUAGGAGAAGAUCCCAAUGGCUCUGAUUCCUCGGAUUCUGCAUUCCAGAGUGCAAGGUCAAGGGAAUCCCGCCGGAGUGCCAAAAUCGGAAAAAACAAUGGAAAGCAGGACACGAGGCUAUCGGCGCCAUUACUUGCAGCUUCGUCGAACAGAUUUUCAACUGAUAUCGACCCCCUUUCUUUGCAAAUGGACUUGCUCAGUCUUUCUAGCCAGGCACCUAGCUUGAACCGGGAUGCCCAAGUUUGGAAGAGCAGGGAGGAGCUGUACCAGUAUGACAGUAAAACUGAGCAGACAGCAAGCCCUCUCCAGCUUCUCAGCCAGUGCAAUGUGAGAACAGCCUACAGCUCCGCACAGAGUCCUGGGAACCCACCAGACGCCUGGGCCCAGGAGAACAGCGGUUCAAAGAGAGCUUCCACUUCAGCUGGGCAAGGGCAUCCCGAUAACUGGAUCCACGAGGGCAAGGAUGACUAUUUUUCACCAAAGCUGAAAGUACAGGAUAGUUUUGGCGAAGUUUCCAACCAUGUGUUUCCGGAGAAAAGAACAGUGAGCCUCCACAGUUAUGAGAGAGAGAGAGAAAUGGGGCCCCAGCAGGGCCGAACACGGAACCCUAUCAGUGCACUUAGCUUUACUGAGCAACUUACGCCCAUGGAGCAAACUCCUAGGGGAUCUAUGGAGUCUCUUGCUCUGUCCAAUGCAACAGGAACGUCAGCAGAUGGAGGAACCAAACGCCAGGAGCAUUUGUCCAGGUUUUCGAUGCCAGAUCUAAGCAAAGACUCCGGCAUGAACGUAUCAGAAAAAAGUAACAUGGGGACCCUGAACUCCUCAGUUCAGUUCAGGAGCACUGAGUCGCUCAGAAGCUUAAACUCCGUGCAGCCCUACCAGGACCUGGGGCAACCGGCUGAGAGACUGAAGUAUCCUGCACAGUACAGGGAAUCUCAGGCUUUGUCCAGGCUGGCACAAGGCUUUACCUUCGAGGCAGAAGAUCCUGUUAACCUGGUGAGCAGUGCCAACAAUACCAGGCUGCCACCGAUGAGCGAAAGAAUGCGGAGGCGGGCGAACGAACAGGAGGAGAGCCGCCGCCACCACCACCACCACCACCACCAUCGCUCGCGGAGGUCUAGGCGCUCCCGCUCGGAGAACGCCCUCCACCUUGCUGCCGAAAGACGCGGUCAAGGGAGGGACAGGCCUCAGCUGCAUAUCCGCGAAGACUACGAUCAGUUUGCUGCUGCCAGAGGAGGGAGAGAUUUGUUAGGGAAUGGUUACAAACAGGAGCCCUACAGGCAGUGUCCGCGGACCACUUCGGACUUGACGCUUCAAAACCCCAUGGGCCAUCGGCUGGGGCCUUACUUCGAUGACUAUGACGACGACGACUGGUGCUCCACUUGCUCGUCCUCCUCGGAGUCGGAGGACGAAGGCUACUUCCUGGGCGAGCCCAUUCCCAGGCCCGUUCAGCUCCGGUACCUGACCAGUGACGAGCUGCUCCACAAGUACGGCUCGUCAGGGCUCGCAGGCUCUGCCACGCUGGGCGGCCGGGGCCAGCUGCACACUAGGAAGAGGCGAAAAAGCAAGAACUGCAUCAUUUCGUGAAGGUCUGUGGGAUGGCGAGACUAUUCCAGCUGGGAAUGUCGGCUUGCACAACUGCACUCCAACGGUUUGUUCAUAAAGUACAAUUUCAUCUUAAAAGCAUCAACAACUUGGAAAUAAAUUUAAUAUUGUAUGGUCCACAAUGGGUUUUGUGACUGAUAUUACUGUAACCGUUGAUAACACAAACAUUUUGCAUGUUUCCCAUUAACUAUUCAAUUUAUAUAACUUCAUGUAAUGUAUUCUUGCACACAACUUAAAACUGCCAACAUUUAGCCAUGGAAGUAUACAGUAGCAGUAUGGUUUUUGUUGUUUUUGAAACGUUUUCAGCAACAGUAAUGUUCAGUACAGUUCUGCCUUUUUGCAAAAUGUAUGGUUUUACGUAUUUAGCAUUUUAAUUUAAUUCUAUGAAUUGUACAUAAAUUCACUAAGUUAAGGACAUUUUAGUGUAUAUAUUAUGUAAAUGAGGUACUACAUAUUUUUAUAUUUUGUAUUGAUAGAAGCAUUUCUGUAUUAUAUAAUGUAGCAAUAGAAGGAAAACAUGCAUGUUUAUUUGAUCUUGUCUUGAAUCAGAAUUAAACAGUAUUUCAAUGAA